ACUCCUAGUGCCAAUGCAUGAGAGAUACCAAACUUAGGCACAUUUCUAGCCCACAAUGGUUUGAAAUGAUCUGAUAAACAUAUUUUUCCACCUCGAUACAUUUUGGCUGUUUUACCAUCAAGUUCAGGUAAUACAAUUUCAGGUGCUGUAGUAGGAUAUGUAACUGGAAUCUAAAACAAAGUAAUAUGAAAAUAAUUUAUUAUGGAGAAUAAAUGUACAUAAAACAUAAUAUUCUUACGUCAAAUUCUAUGUCAAACUCGUAUUUUAGCUGAUUUUGAAACACCCAACACUUUCCAAACCAUUUGGUUCCUUCUUUAUUUGAUUCGAGUCGAAACCAAUCGUUGUCAUUAUCUUUAUUGUUUUUAACACUCUGAAAAUAAAUAAAAACAACUAUUCAUUAAUGAAAUUGUGUCCGUCUCAAAGGGUCAUAUGCAAUUUAAUAUUAUUAUUUUAUUAUUUGAAUUUACUUGGAUCAAAGAUUGAUAUUCUUCUUUGAGUCUCUGAGGCCAUAAAUCGACAUCACGGGGUCCAGCUUUUGUUUUCAAAAGCGGUAUCGUUUUUAAAAUGGAUUUGGUGCCUUCCAUAAUGAUUUUAAAUUUUAUAUUUUUACGAUUGUAAUGACACCGAAUAAAUUGAACUAAUCAAUCACUUUCUAUUUAGCAUUAAAAAGUCAAACACGUCGCCAAAAGCAACUCCAACUAUGCACAACUGCACAAGCAUAAUGCUGAUAAAUGAUAACGAAAAAUAAAUAGCUGAUAAUAAGCAAACAGCUGCUGCUAGACAAGCACAUAUUCACAUAGAUAAUAGAAGAAUAUUAUCUACUUAUCAAGUGUAUUUUUUAAAUUUUUUACCGACUGUUGAUAAACUGAUAAGAUAGGUCCAUCAAGUUCAACUUUUGAAUAUAAAACAGUGAUCUCAAAAAUCGAAAUUCGGACCUAUAUAUCACAGUAAGUAUAUGGUGUCUAAGAUUUUGUACAUACUUCUUUUUGUCAAAGAAGUUAUCUUGUUAACUGUUUCUACAGGUAAUAAUAGUCGUCUUCGCGGUUACUACUAUCUAAUUCUAUAUUAUAACGAUGACAUUUUCAAAGAAAUAGUAUUGAAUUUCAAAAUUCAUCAUUGGUUCUAGAAUUUCCGAUUUCGUGUCGUUUUACUAUGAUGAUCCGUCGACUACGCUUAUCGUACGGUGUACAGUUGUACCAGAAUGUCCAAAAUAUACACAGAACGUACAGCAAAGUAUUGGGCAUUGAGACGAGCUGUGAUGAUACUGGGUGUGCAGUAGUGGACAGUGACAGAAACAUUCUUGGAGAAUGUCUGCGGUCUCAACAGCAAAUACACCUCGAGUAUGUAACCGCCAACUGUUCCAGAUGACACUGAAAUGUAAUUGCCGUUUCUGCAGUUUUGGAGGCAUAAUUCCACCUGUGGCCAGAGACUUACAUAAACAAAACAUAGACAAUGUUGUGACUCAGGCUUUACAGCGGGCUCAAGUUAGUUUGAAUGACUUGGACGCUAUUGCUGUCACUGUAAAACCAGGCUUAUCUCUAUCAUUGUUAGUGGGAAUGAACUAUGCAAAAGGAUUGAGUAAACAAUCAUUUAAACCAUUGAUUCCUAUUCAUCAUAUGGAAGCACACGCUUUAACUUCAAGACUAGUUGAUCAAGUUAUUGAAUAUUCAUUAAUGAUAUUGUAAUUUAAUAUUUUAAUAUUUACAUUUAACUAUCAAAUCUUCUUUUUCUUUUUUUUACUUAGAAUUUAAAAUUACCUUUUUUGGUCUUACUUGUAUCUGGUGGACAUUGUUUGUUGGCUGUUGUAAACAAAGUUAAUGAAUUUCUACUACUAGGGCAGUCUAUAGAUGAUGCUCCUGGAGAAGCUCUAGAUAAGGUAUUGUCAUAAACUGCCCUUGUUAAAUAUUAUUCAGAUGUACACUUUCAUUGUUUAAAAAGUAUAUUAUAUAUUACUCCCCAGGCUGCUAGACGGCUGCAGUUGAAAAAUAUGAAGGAGUUUAGGAACUGCUGUGGAGGCCAAGCAAUUGAAAAUGCCGCCAAGAAAGGUGAUCCUAGAGCUUUUGAUUUGGGCACAUUUAUGACAAAUUACAAAGAUUGUAAUUUCAGUUUUUCUGGAUUAAAAAAUUCCAUAAAAACGCAAAUUAUAAAAUUAGAAAAAGAACAUGGUAAAACAUGAUUUUUGUUUAAAAGACAGAUUUUAUUUUUUUUUUUUUAAAUCACUAAUGCUUUCAGAAUUAAAAGGAGAUGAAAUUAUACCAGAAAUGAAUGAUUUGUGUGCAAGUAUUCAAUAUGCUUUAACUAAGCAUAUGUGUACUCGUGUACAGAGAGGUAUUGAAUUUGUUAUUCGGUCAAAACUCUUACCGGAGACAAACCAAACUCUGGUGAGUGUAAAAUAUUAUCAUCAAAUAUCAAUUUUUUUGGUUUUGGUGUUUUUUUUUUUCAGGUAGUAUCUGGUGGAGUUGCUAGCAAUAUGUUUAUACGAAAACAUUUGAAUGUGUUAUGUAAUGAAAUGGGUUUCAAACUAGUCAUUCCACCACCCAACCUCUGUACAGAUAAUGGGAUAAUGGUAGCUUGGAACGGAAUAGAAAAAUUAAACAAAAACUUGGAUAUUUUUAGUCAUGAUAGUUUAGAUGCAAUCGAUAUACAAUCAAAGUAAGAAUUGAAAUUUUAAAAAUAUUUCUUACUACAAUAACUAAUAAAUUAUGUGUUAUUUCAGAGCACCGCUGGGAAUAAACAUUUCACAGCAAGUUAUAGACAUGGGAAUAAAGUGCCCUUCGGGAUUUUUUAAUAAAUUAUUUGAACAAAAUAAAUAAAUAUUUAAAUUUAUUAAUGCAUUAUAUUUUAUAUCAGUAUUAAAAUAACAAAUUUUCUAUAAAGUUAAUAAUUUAUAAAACUUAAUAAUUUAGAUCAACAUGCACCAUUAUGAGAAAAAUUGGUAAAGGAGCUUCGUUGUUUCUAAUUUAAGCACUCUUAAUAUACCCUUAACAUUAUUCUAAACAGUAUAUAAUAUCUUUGAAAGGAUUUUUUGACUUCACUGACGAUUGGAAUGAUUCUUUAUACAACUGCCUUUGGGUUUCAUUUGAUAGCUAAUGAAAAUAAUAACAAUAACAAAUAUUGAAACAUAAAAUACUUCAAGAAAUUGCUUGAUAUUCUUACGUUAUGAUAGAAAUCCAUUGCAGCAAUACACAACAACUUUCUAUCCUCAUACUCGUAACGUCCAAGUCUUAACCUCACGUGAGGAAAACUAAAAAAACCAUAAUUUAGUAUACUAAAUAAACUGAAAAUAUUUUACAACAGUUAAGAUAAUUGAAAAUACAUUGCUCUUAGCCAUUUAUUUGUAGAGGAACUUAUGAAAAAACUGAUGAGACAAUAAAUUGCCAUUGGUAUUUGUAAGCCUUGAGUAAAGUUGCUUAGUGUUGUGAUGACCCAAUCUUGUAGGAGAUCCAGUUGUGAUUCUUUUAUCAAUUGUUCAAAAAUCUAUUAAUUCAUAAUUUAGUUUUAUUUUUUGUAACAGUUAAAUAAAUCUAUAUAAAAUCAAGUUAUAAACCUGAUUAACUACUGUGCACAUGUACGUUGGGUGAGGUUGAUUGGGUGAAAGGAAUUCACCAACAACCCUCAUAAGUACAUAUGAUGCUGGAAAUAUGUCAGUCAACACUUUAGCCAUUAUUGUAGUGGUUACUUCUACUUCCAGUAAACACCCUUUCUUUAUCCUAAAUAUUAAAUGUAUACAUUUAAUAGUAAAUCGAUAGAACAAAAUCAAAAUUUACCUUUCAAACAUUACACUUAUUUUUUCCAUUUCGACAACUAUCAUAUCUGGAUCAAUAUCGGAUUCGACAUUUUCAUUACAAUGUUCU